AUGCGUGACCAACUACCAUUUUCUUUUUUGGUGAGCCAUAUAACUCAUGUUUUUGAGAGGCAAGCUGAUGGAAGUGUGCCUGGAAAUAUAACGGAAAAUGAGAGGCAAGCUGAUCAACCAGAAAGUGAGGGAUUACCCGAAGAUGAUAAAGUCGAGGAAUGUAUAUCUGCAGAUAAAGAAGCAAACCUUUGUGCUGAUGUUGUUGCUCAUGUUUCUGAGGCUUAUCAUUUUAAUGGAAUGUUUGACUACCAAUAUGUUGUUCCUGUUCCUGCGGAAGUUGCCCAGAGGAAAAAGAGAAAUUGGUGAGGGUGGUCUUAUAGAUGUGGAUCAUGAGGACAUUAUGCUUAUUGUGCCUUCACUUUUUGCUCUGAAGCAUAUGCCAGAAAAUUUUGU